UUGUCUCAUUUCGCCGUACAGGGCGGGACGCGCGCGAGCUCCUGCGCUUGAGGGCGUGGGAGCAAAAGGGGAGGGGAGAUGUGAUGGCGACCGAGGGAGAGGCGGACGUCGAGGCUGAAGUGGAGUGGGUGGUAGAUAGCAUCGCCGGCUUUCUCCGCAGCCCCGCGUGGUCUAUUCCCAUUCUGGAGUUUGUGGAGCACAAGUGUGAAGUUUUUGAUGAUGAGGAAGAAAGCAAGUUAUCUUACACUGAAAUUCAUCAGGAAUAUAAAGCUUUGGUUGAAAAAUUAUUAGAUAGUUAUCUUAAAGAAGUUGGAAUUAAUGAGGAUAAGUUCCAGGAAGCUUGUAUGUCUCCUCUUGCUAAAACUCGAACCUCCCAGGCCAUUUUGCAGCCAGUACUGGCAGCAGAAGAUUUCAGAUUGUUUAAAGAAAUGAUGGUCCAGAAAAAUAUUGAAAUGCAGUUGCAGGCCAUUAGAAUAAUUCAAGAAAGAAAUGGUGUGCUACCUGACUGUUUGACUGAUGGAUCUGAUGUAUAUACUGAAACUGAAGAAGAAGAAAUGAAAAUACUAAGAGAGGUUCUUAGGAAAUCUAAGGAAGAAUAUGAUCUAGAGCAAGAAAGGAAAAGAAAUAAUGAGGCACAUGAUAAACUGAAAUCACCUGAUGCUGCACAUAAAUCUCCAGGACAUUUUAAUGAAAGUGCAGGACCUAAGAGGUCUCUAGAACACACUACAAAAUUGCCAGGUCCAGAAGCAAAACAAAACGAUAUAUCUAUUCAAGAUCAUUCCUCUGUCAAACUGAAGGAAGAUAGUUGCAGGAAAGCAGUUGGGGAUGUCUCUGAAUAUGUAACAAAGCAAGGAGUGCUAGAAGGACGUAAAUUAUCAGAACUUGGAGCAAAAGAGUUGAGAGAGCGUGAGGACUAUCUAAAGCAGAAACGAGAUGCAUUGAUGGCUUUGAAGAAGAAAUCAAAAACAAGUAUCCCACCACAAAAUAUAGAAGAGAAAGAAGAACUGUCCACUUCUAAAGAGGCAAUGUCAGAAGAAGAGGAACAAAGAUUGUUAAAGAAGCGAAUCCUUGCAGCAAAAUUAAAAGAAGAAGUUAUUAAUAAGCGAUAGUUUAAAGAAACUGCUUCUAAGGUUAUAUAUUUAACCAUGAACUGUUUGCUUACAACCAUUCCAUGCAUUAACUUGAUUUUAUAUAUUAUAAAAACAGUAAUUCUUUAAAUUGGUUCAAAUGUAGAGUGGAAAGCAAUGAUUCAAUAUUUUUAAUAGAUUCCACUAUUUUGUUUCUUGCUACUUCUGAUAUAUGCUGGAUCAGGCUGGUCACUGUUGUACUUUUGUUGGAUUUAAUAUUACUUUUUGAACGUUGCUGUCAAAUACUUUUAUUAAAACAUUAAAUUGGCUAAACUUAA